AUGUAUUAGUAUACUUAGAGAAUAAUUUAACCUACAAUUAGAAUGCCUGUAUAGACCUAAUAGUCGAUCAUUAUUCCAUUAGAUAAAUCGAAUUAAUUGCAAUCUACUAGAAGAGUGUCAUAGAACUUUGAUUAAUAAGCCUCAAAUGUUUCACCAAUAAGAUUAAUCAAGAAUAAGGUUUCUGUAAGUCCAAAUGUCAUCAAAUAUUCUUAAUAACCCCAAACCUUCACAAUGACGCCAUAAAAGAUUCCCUAUAAUUAACGUCAAAAUUAGACUCCAACCAAGCAUCAAGCUGUGUAAUCAAGAACCCUCACUCCAAAUGUAUUAUCACAACAGAGGUAGAGUGUUGCCAAUAAUCAAUAUAUUUAAUCAAAUAGGAUUCAUACAGACAUUGGUUUUUCAACUCCUCUGAAUAACAAUUAAAAGGAGAAAGAGAACAACAACGAAUUCUCAAACGAUAAACUAGCAACACAAUAUCAAAAUUUAUAAGAAUAAUUGAUACAAUCUGAAUUUAAAAUAAGCUAACUAGAACAAAAGAGUAGAAAAUUACAAGAAUAGAGAAAGAAAUUAUAAUAACAAUUCUUACAAAAGUCACCAAAGUUAGCAUCCUAAUUAUGA